AUGUCCAUGGAUAAAGCCAUUCUUUCUGGAACAGGGCCAGAGCCAGUUGAUGACACAUUAAUGUUUCAAUUGGAGGAUGGUCGAGUCAUCUUGCGAGAAAGAAAAAGAUCUUGUCAAUCGCUAUCUCUCUUCAUUCCCAUCAAAUAUGAUGUGCUUGGAAAAGCUGAAGAUGGAAGUUCAGUCAUGGUUUCCUCUCUGGAGCCCCAAACGGUGAGGGUGGAAUCAUCAUCUGGUGAUAUCAUGAUUCAGGACAUAAAGUGCCUCCAAUGCAAUCUUAUCAGUGAAUCUGGAAACAUCCAUUGUGGUGGACAUGUUGAAGGCAAUUUUCUUCUUCACACUGGAUCUAAGGGUAGUAUUCGAGUUGAGAAGUUGAUAGGGGAUAAAAUGGACCUCAGGUGUAUGAAGGGAGGAAUAUUUUCCCAAUCCCUGUAUUGUCAGGAAGGAAAAGUGGUCUGCAAUGGUGGACAGCUAAAUCUCUCCAAUCUGCAUGGCAGGUUUUCUAUUCAUGCAGCAAAGGCCAAGCUAGUUCAUCUCAAUGGCCUGUUGGGGUCAGUGAGAGGACAUCUGGAUUGUCAGUCAUCUACAGUCCAUAUUGUUGGACUUGAGGACGAUGCCACCAUUGAAAGCCCUGGAGAUGUGCAUUUAAUUUUGGGGAAUGAUUUUAGUGGUCAGAUCACUUGUCAGUGUCGAGAAUUUGCUCAACCAGAUGACCUGUCCCCUACUUCCAGGGAUUACUCCAAGCUUGCAGAAAAUGUGCAUCAAGUCCUUGUGAAUGUUGCAGAAAAAUCCCACUGCAAGAAACUACACGUGGUGGCCCCAAACAGUAGAAUUACUCUAGAGCAAACUGACUGGCUGUCAUCCCUUAAUUUAGGAAAGUGGCAUCAUUGA